AUGGCAGAGAACAACAACAACAAUGGCAACGCAGUUGCAGAGGAAGCCGGCGCAAUAGUGGCGGUAGUAGAAGAGAAGCCUCCUUGCAAAGACAAAGAAUUAGGCGGCGGCGGAGAGGAUAUUAUUCCGGCAGCGAGUAAAAACAAGAACCCAUUUCUCGAAAUAAACAACUUGGAGAAGAUAUUAGCUACAUUGACGCUAAUACUGUCAAUUCCAGUAUUGGGAUUUAUUGUGUGGAUAUUUUACGUGAGAGAUUCAGAGUGUGAGAGCAUUUUGAAGCUGCCGAGUUUCCAGAUAGGGAUUGGAGUUGGUUUAAUUUUCUUGUUUCUUAUUAGCAAUGCGGUGGUUUUUCUGAGGUCACGGUACCCUGUUCUGGGGCUUUUGAUUGUGAUGGUGCCGUUGUUGCUGAUAUUCAUAAUUGGGCUUGCGCUUGUGGGGGCUUAUAAAAUGGAGAGCCGGUCCGUGGCUGCUUCACCCAAGUGGCUGAGGUUGAAGGUGUUCAAUGAAGCUCACUGGCAAGAUAUCAAGUCUUGUAUUUAUGAUACAGGGGCUUGUGAUGAUUUGAUCUCUAGAACUCUCAUGCUUAAGUCCUAUGAUUUUAGUCUCAAGAAACUCUCUUCCAUUGAGUCUGGGUGCUGCACGCCAGCAACAAUAUGCGAAAUGGAAUAUGUAAAUGCAACAUUUUGGAAGAAAAAGGAAGGAGGAAUAGUGGAUCCAACAAACCCAUACGACAGUGAUUGCAAUUUAUGGGACAACGACAGAGGGAAUUUAUGCUACAAUUGUGUUUCAUGCAAAACAGGGUUUCUCAACACUCUGCAAGCUAAAUGGUGGAAGCUUGGUGUUUUUCUCAUCAUUGCCUCUCUUUUACUCUUCAUCUCUCAUCUCAUCUUGUUCCUCUCCUCUGUCUUCAAACAGUUCCGAACUUAGUUAAUUACCACUUCAACUUCAACCUCAACUUCAACGACAUCAACAACCAUUUCUUGGC